AUGAAGACCAAAGUGACAGCCUCGACGGGGGCUGGAGNCUUGUGCUUGUGCUUCUGCUGCUGCUGCUGCUGGGAAUUGGCAGACAGCCUCGACGAGGGCUGGAGAAUAGCCACAGCAACCUGCGCCGAGUCACAAAUCUCCGACACCAAUGGGGGUGCUUCUGCUUGCGGAUACGGAGAGCUGGACGCACCCGGCAGACUGUACGGCAGGGAAACAGCAGGGCUGAGCACCGCGUUGUUCGGGAGGGGGAGCGCCUGCGGCGGCUGCUUUGAGGUGAGAUGUGUUGAUCGCCGCAUCCCCUACCGGUGCCUGCAGGGGAGCCCCUCCGUCGCCGUCACCGCGGUGGACUACUGCGCCCCCAACUACGGCCGCCCUUACGACGACGGCGGAUGGUGCAACUUCCCAAGAGAGCACUUUGACCUGUCACAAGCUGCUUUCCUGCGAAUUGCUAGCAGAAAAGCUGAUUUCAUACAUGUCCAUUACAGGAGGGUGAUCUGCGAAAGAGAGGGCGGGAUCAGAUUCACCAUAGCAGGGAGCUCCUACUUCCACCAAGUUCUCAUCACAAACACGGGCUCCGACGGGUUUGUCACGGCUGUCAAGGUGAAAGGGUCGAGAACAGGCUGGAUUCCCAUGGCCAGAAACUGGGGCCAGAACUGGCAGUGCGAUACCGACCUCCGAGGCCAGCCGCUGUCUUUUGAAGUAACCGACAGCGAGGGCAGAACUCUCACAUCCUACAACGUCGCCCCGUCCGACUGGCGGUACGGACAGACAUUCGAAGGAAAACAGUUCGACUAAAACAUUAACACAUCAACAUGGACGGACACACCUGCAAUGAAUAUCAGUUCUAAUCGAAGAAAAAGGAGAAUCCGGUGAUCGAAUUUGC